UUAGGUUAUUUAAUUGCAAUUUAAUAAAGUUUCGAAAAGUAAACUUUUUUCGGCUUUUAUAAAAAGUUUGGAAGUAUUCAGUCCAGAGCCAAGCGAGAAUCUUGACCGACCAUGUACGGUUAAACUUUUCUUAUCAAACGUCAUUUUCACCCUCAUUUAAUUUUGCUGUCAAUGUAAAAGACUAAAAGUUAACCAAAAAAUAUAAUGUUUUUGUUGAUUCAGUCGUAAAUAUAAAAAAUUCGAUUUGAAAUUCGAAUAAAUGCAAACUUUGCAUUGCAACGAGUUUUUGUUUAAAAAAUAGUGAAUUUUUUAGAAGAUGUUACCAGAUGAACUUCCUAAAUUUAGUGAUGUGAAAAAACAAUUUUGGGAUAAUCAACGUUUGCAGUUUUUAAAACAACUUCCGUCUCACAAAGAUUUAUUUUUGAAGUUUCAUAAAAUAAAACAAACACUUCCAUCGAAAAGAUACUAUUGCCAUGAUUGUCAUGAAUUGUACACGCACAGCGACCAACACAGACAUAAAAAUCACGACUCAUUAUCGAAUAUUUCAAAUCAGUUACUGGAAAAUCCAUCAAAAAUUUUCAAACCAAAAGAUAACGCUAAAAAGGAAGCGCAAUAUUUAUUUUCGGAUGCUGCUGUUAAAACAAUAAUCGACAACAUAAUUCAUUUAAAAUUACGGCAUAUUAUUUGCAUUGGAGCACCCAGAAUUCAUGAAUAUAUACAAAAUAAUCUUUUAGAUCAAGGCUACAGUAGUUUAUUGUUGGAUAUUGAUGAACGAUUUCGACAUUUUUUUGGACCUUUACAAUUUUGUUUAUAUAAUUCAUUUAAUCAUUAUUUCUUUGAAGGGAAAUUAUCAGAAACUGUAUUUAAUGAUUACUUAAAAACUGAUAAUGGGAAUGGUAUUGCAAUUGUAACGGAUCCCCCGUUUGGAGGUCGAAUAGAAGCAUUAUCGGAUGGAAUACAAAAAAUAACAAUAAAAUAUAAAACUUUUAAUAAAAUUUCAAAAGAUCUACCAAUUUUAUGGAUUUUUCCAUAUUUUAUGGAACCACAUAUUCUUAACAGUUUUCCAACUUUUUCAAUGUUGGAUUAUAAAGUUGAUUAUGAUAAUCAUAGUUUAUUUACUGAAAAACCUAGUGGUCGUAAAAAUGGAUCACCUGUACGAAUUUUUACCAAUAUAACUCCAAGCAAAUUCAUUUUACCUUCCGACGAAGGUUACAAGUUUUGUGAAAUAUGUCAAAAAUGGGUAUCGCAAGAAAACAACCAUUGUACAUUUUGCAAUGAGUGUACAUCAAAGAAUGGGACAACAUACAAACAUUGUAGCAUAUGUAAUCGAUGUGUUAAACCAUCUUGGGAUCAUUGUUCAACUUGUAAUCGAUGCUGUCUACAAGAUCACAAAUGUGGUCAAAUUGAAUUUAACAAUAAUUGCUUUCAUUGUAAACUACCGGGCCAUAAAAAAAAUGAUUGUCCAAAUAUUAAUAAAAGAUCCAACAAAAGAAAACAUUCCGGUAGUAAAAAAUCA